UGUCAGUGGCAACUACGUAUUUAUAUAAGUGAACAAAAUAAAGUACGAGCCUUUUCGUAUAAUGUCAGUCUUGGAUUCAAUGAAUAUAAAAAACUACAAUUAUUUCAUCAAAUAGACUAAUAGAGAUUGUUUUAUCUUCUCUCUAUCUCUCUCUUACAGGAUAUUUGUCGAGCAGCUUCGAUUUUGUAUUGAUAUAAUUUUUUUUUAUUAUCGGUUUAAUUUUGGUUCGAUCAUGAUGCAAGAUUUGGCAGCUCAACAACCGGAAAUUGCUAUAAUCGUGGGGGAUUCUUCACCUUCAUCUUCUUCUCCUCUUCCGCCUCAUUCUUCUUCUCAGGGUGAUCAUCAGGUAAAAGAAAAAUCUACUGAAGAUGUGCCGAGCUCUCAACCGAGCGGAACCCACUUGGAUCUUUCAAUACAAAUACCCACAAGACCAGUUCCAUUUGUUGGUGGCCGUAACCCAAAGAGUUCAUUGAAGUCCACAAGUUCAUUCAAAAGUGGCAGUACAUCGUCACCAAGAGGAAUCUUGCGGAAUUUAAGCUUGAAAAAGAAAGUUGUAGCUCAUCCUGAAAGCGAGAGAAGCUCCCUACUAUCUCCUGGUCUCAUGGAAACAACGAAAAAGCCCGAUACUGCAGGUUCAGAUACUUCCCCUUAUUGGAAAAGAUGCUUGUCGCUUCCAUCUAGACAUGCCGCAAAAUUGUCUCCUGUGGUAUCUGCACAGGUUUCAGUUGGUCUGCCUGGUGAACCGCCCAAUAAAGAUAAUAUUUAUCCACCAGUUCCAAGGUCCUUGUCCAUGCCUGGAAGAAACAAAGUGAUUGUGCGAUCUAUUUCUUUUGACAACCAGAAAGCUCGUGUUUCGUCUGAAAUAAGCGCAGAUCAAAUCUCUCCCGUUCCUACAGAAGAAACUGAUGAAGAAAUUCCAGAAGAAGAAGCAGUGUGCAGGAUCUGCCUGGACGUGUGCGAAGAAGGCAAUACUCUGAAAAUGGAGUGUAGCUGCAAAGGUGAUCUCAGACUUGUUCAUGAAGCGUGUGCCAUUAAGUGGUUUAGUACGAAGGGGACAAGAACCUGUGACGUCUGUAGACAAGAAGUCCAGAACUUACCAGUUACAUUGCUUCGUGUGCCUACAACUAAUCAACCAAACAACAGGCGUGAUCGCAGUCAACAUAAUAUGCAGUCACCAACCGCUAGUGCUUGGCAAGAGUUUGUGGUGCUAGUUCUAAUCAGCACAGUCUGUUACUUCUUCUUCCUCGAGCAAUUACUGAUAAGGGACUUGAACACGCAAGCUAUCUACAUAGCAGCGCCAUUUUCAUUGACGUUGGGCCUCUUAGCAUCCGUUUUUGCCAUUGUCCUCGCUAUCAGAGAAUACAUAUGGACAUACGCAGCACUUGAGUUUGCGCUUGUGGGGAUGCUGGUUCAUCUAUUGUAUGCUACGGUUAGACUACCGGCGAUCUAUGCUGUACUUUUUGCAGGGAUUCUUGGUUUUGGGAUAGCCGUGUGCCUAAACUCGUUGUAUCUUCAUUAUUUCGCUUGGCGUGUACGGGUUGCAGAGAACUCGAGUCCAGUAUGAGAUUAUCUUUUUCUUUGAUUUCUCUUUUCUUCGUUGAGUUUGUAUCAUGCAAGAAGAAGAAGAAGAAGAAGUUGUUUAUCUGAUCCAGCAGUGACAUGUAAUGUGUAAAUAUAUCUAGCCUUCUUCAAAAAUGUUACUCACGUUCCUUUUUUUGUGCCCCUACAGUCUUUCAUUUUUGGGGACGAUGAUAGUUUUUAAAAGGGAAUUUCGUGUAUCAAAUGAAAAAAAGUUUUUCAUGUACAAUGCACUUCUUAAAUGAAAAGGGGA